UUAUCGUCCGUAUAGUUUAAACGCCACCGUGUUAAAGGCGUUGCUUCUCCUCGUCGCCGCCACCACCUCCUCUCUAGAAAUGUCGUAUAACAUCGUUGGAACCGUUCUAUAUAUCCAUUUUUAGCUCACUUUUUUACACACACACACACACACACACACUCUCUCUCUCUCUCUCUCUCUAUAACUUUAAAUUUUAAUUCCAUCCUUGAACCCGAACCUACAAGUUUAUAUUCUUCUCACUUUUCUCAUCAUCAUUUCAAUCUGAUAUCCAUUUUUCUUUUUCAUUAUCUUUUUUCACUUUAAUUUGUUUCUCCCUCUCAAGAAAUGACAACACCAGUUAUGAGGAAUAACUUCUUGCCACCGGGGCUGGUGUCCAAUCUGGAACAAGUUCUGUUAAGCCGAAAAACCGGUGGCGGAGGAGACGGUGAUGAAUCCUCUAAUCCCAAUGAAAACGAGGAUGAUUCGACCAAGCCCGUUUCGUCCAGUAAUGGCGGGGAUUCGUCCGAGCCCAGUGGUAAUGAUGGGUCAAAACCCAUAAUUUUGGUCACAAAUAGUGAUGGUAUUGAGUCCCCGGGCCUUUCGUAUUUGGUCUCUGCUCUCGUUCGAGAAGGGCUCUACAAUGUUCACGUUUGCGCCCCUCAAUCGGAUAAAUCGACAGCAGGGCAUUCUUUAUCACUAAAGGAGACGAUUGAGGUGGUUUCUGUUGAUAUUAAUGGUGCCACUGCUUACGAAGUUUCUGGAACUCCUGUGGAUUGUGUAUCAUUAGCGUUAUGUGGUUCAUUAUUUACAUGGUCAAAGCCCCUGUUGGUUAUAAGUGGUAUCAACAGGGGUUUAAGCUGUGGACACCACAUGUUUUAUUCGGGUGUCGUUGCUGGGGCUAGGGAAGCAUUGGUUAAUGGUGUGUCAUCUAUAUCAAUAUCAUUAAACUGGAAGAAAGAUGGAAGUAACGAAAGUGACUUCAAGGAUGCUGUGACCGUUUGCUUACCAUUGAUACAAGCAAUGAUAAGAGACGUGGAGAAGGGUGUUUUCCCCAAUAGUUGUUCACUAAGUGUAGAAGUUCCAACCACACCCUUAACAAACAAGGGAUUCAAGGUUACCAAGCAAAGUCUUUGGAGGUCCACUCUUACCUGGCAAGCGAUUUCAGCCACCAGGCAUCAGGCUGCUUCACGGUUUGCCAGUCAGCAGAAGAAUGCUAUGGCACUUGCCCAGCUUGGACGUGAUGCCUCUGCUGCUGGUGCUGCUCGCCGUUUGAUCACACAAAAAAAGAAUAUUGAGUUAGUUGAAUCAGUAGGUGCUGCAGGGAAAUUGGAUUUUAAACGUAGUGUCAAGUAUUUCCGACUAGAGGUAACAUUCAUUAUGUUGCGGUUUGGAGCAAUGUGAAGCUUCUAAUUUUUAGUACUUUUCUUUUUUACUUCCCUUUUCACGGGGUGCUUUUGAGCUGUGGUUUCUGGUGUUGAUUAUUGUUGAGGAGGCUGAGAUUAGAACACCUGAGAAAUUUUCAGGUUUUUCUUUUUUCCGAUUAAAAUAAAACUCAAAGUUCAAGCAAGCCUCAUUUAAAUGGACAUGCCACCAUUAAGAAUAUCGAGGUUUCAUAUCUUCGCUUCAAGUGUGGAUUUGUUCCUUGUAUGUCAACAACCUUUUUUUCUUUU